AGACAAGAAUAACGUUGUGAGUUGCAAAUCCCCCUCCCUCUUCACCUGCACUCAGCAAACAGUCUGCCUUGGUAUGGCCUGUGUGGGAACCCACCGUCUGCAAUAACAGAUCCUUCUUUAGGGGAACUGCUGAGGAAUGUUGAUGAGAUUAGAGAGCUGAAAGGGGCCGAGCGAGCGCAGCCUUGGCAUCUCCAUGGAUGCUGAGGCUGUCUGUGCCUGGAUUCCCAGCCUGCCACUCUGGGAUUGCCAUGGCUGCCUCUUCCAAAGUGCAAGUUCUGCCUUGGGAAGAGUUCGAUACCUCCUUUUGAGGCAGAGGAAAAAAAAAAUGUGGAGCUGCCCUUUGCGUACCAAAAUAGCUCCUCCCAUGCUCCCUGUUGAGGCUGGGAGCCUGAAACCAGCAUACUUGUGUUCUGCCUCAGCACAAAUACAUAGUUAAGCCUAAAAAUAUGUGCAGCUGGGUCACAUUCUCAGGCAGGUCAAGAACCAGUCGGACGGAAGUUUAAAGAGUUGCAGCAGAAACAGCGGCAGAAAUGCUUAUGCUGGAGUGGGUGGAGGAUGAACCUGAGAAGACAGGACAGGACAUGACAUGGCAGUCCCCAGGAGGAUUGUCUUGCUGGACCAGGCAUGGCUCAGCGUAUUACGAUAACGUCCGUCCCUUGGCUUACCCGGACUCGGACGCUGUGCUCAUCUGCUUUGACAUCAGCCGCCCGGAGACCCUGGACAGUGUGCUCAAGAAGUGGCAAGGGGAGACUCAGGAGUUCUGCCCCAAUGCUAAGAUUGUGCUGGUCGGCUGCAAGCUGGACAUGCGGACGGACUUAAACACUCUCCGGGAGCUUUCCAAGCAGCGCCUCAUCCCUGUGACGCACGAGCAGGGCAGUGCACUGGCACGACAGAUUGGCGCAGUGGCCUAUGCGGAAUGCUCUUCCAAGGUCUCGGAGAACAGCGUACGGGAUGUAUUUCAUGUGACUACGCUUGCCUCGGUCAACAGGGUGCACAAGAACUUGAAGCGCAGCAACUCCAAACGGGGACUGAAGCGGGCAUCACAAAUGCCUGGCAGGACGGACUUACUGAAUGACACAGAGAUCAGGAAAGACCGAGCCAAGAGCUGCUCCAUCAUGUGAAAAACAGGCUGUAAAUAAUGUGUGUGUGUUGUCCAUUUUGUACAGUAACUGGCUGAGCCAAGGGCACGGUGCUGGCUGCAGGAGCCAGCCCGCCUUUCCAAAGCCUUUCUCUCAGUCUCUAGGGCUGAGCAAAGGUCCCAGCUGCAACUCGGGGUGCACGAAUUGCCCCCCACCGUGGAGACUUCUAGGUUGGCUGCUGCUGUGCGGAUUGCUUGGGGUGAAGGAACCACUUGGCAGAGGAGUAUUCAGGUGCUGGAAGGUCUGUGUCUGGGUGAAACAAAGGAGAAGGGAGCGAUCCUGUGUGUGUGUAACCCCCUCCUGUACCCAUAGCUCAGCCGUUUCGCCUGUGUGCAGCUCUACAGCACACACAGCGUGGGGCGGAGGGCUUUGGGGGUCCUGGAUUUGGAGGGUGGGAGAUGGGGGGGGGUUGCUGGCAGCAGAGUGUGAUCAGGAGAAGGUAUUCUUCCCGUCUUCUUUUGGAAGAGAAAAAAGGAUGUUUGAGGUGGUGCUGCGUUCAGCUAGGCUGGACACCAAGUCACUAUAGAAGGUGCAGGUCUGGGCCAGAGCUGGGAGGGAAGGCACCCUGGGAAGGAGCCUUAACUUGUUGAGACACCACGGUAGUCCCCCUCCUGUGAAGAAAAUAGAUAGGUGCCUCUUUACAUGCUAUUUUAGAUACUUGAACUCCAUUUGAAUGCAGCAGAGUGGAUCUGGCCCCAAGGGAGAGGUCUAUCCCAGUAGAUAGAUGCACCCUCGGAAUUGUGGUUCCCUUCAACAAGCAAAUGCCAUUCGGGAGCUUGUGUCCCAGCUGCUGACAGCCUGGUUACUCAUCAGGCGGCUCCUCGCCACGGGCAGCUGUGCUUCCGAGGAAUCCAGCUUCUGAAAAAGCAGGCUGCAAUAACCAUCCACAUCCUGCUCUCCACCCAUUUCCAGCUGCGGAUUGUGUUGCAUGGUGCUGUGUUUGUCUGGUAUGGAUAACCAAAAAGAUUCUCUGCGUGUCUGCACCCUGCGUUGGCUGUGGCAGCGGGAGGGAAGGCGCUCCUUUGCCCUUCCUCCCCUGCUGUACAACCUCCUCCCACCACCUCUCAUUGCUUCUGCUGCUGCCCUCUCUAAAUGCCUUUGACUCCAGUGUUAGCCUUGAAUAAUGUCACAUAGACACUUUAAGGAAAAAAGAAUCGGCUCCAUUGCCAGAUCCGGCUGUGUCAGUGGGCUGCAGAAAAUGAAUAAACAGCGUUGG